AUGUGGAUACUAGCGCUGGGACUUCCUGGCUUCGUUGCCGUGUUCAUUGAGCUCGUGGUGUUCGCCUGCACCCACUCCGGGGGCAAGGCAUGGAAGGUCAGCUGCUUUCAAGAUGCUCCGUGGCUCAUCGCUGCGGUCAUGGCCAAUGGGUUCAAGUCACCCCUGGGCGCCAUAACUGUGGCCGGUCUUCAUUUCUUGCCUUUGUGGCUUUGGCUCAUUCGCAUUCCUGGAAGACAUUCCUGGUUCUUCCUGUCCCUCGGCCCUUUGCUGAUCCUCGGGCGAUGCUUGGCUGUCGCUGUAGAGCUCUGGGUCAUCAAGGCACACGUCGCAAGCAUGAUAUGCUGGGUCCCAAGCACUGCAACAGGAUUCCGUUUCAGUUCCCUGCCGCCUUCAGAGCUGGCACGGAGGGCGUGGGAGUGGUUCAACAAGUUUGCCCCCGGUGGCUCUGCCGUGAUCGGGAGCGAUGUCCGUCUUGCCACUCAGCAGCACCUGGUUUACAACGUGACAAGCGGCUUGCCUUUUGAAGAAGCAAUUCCAAAAUCUGAGAAGCAAGACUGUUUCUCCUACACUGUGCCGAACCCACCAUUUCAAGACAGAACGCCGCCCCUUUAUUCCCUGUGGGCUGAUAUCGAUCGUUUCGGCAAGUUUGUCGGCCGCGCCCUUCGUAGGGGGCAGAGUGCAGAUAACCUACGGGUGCACAUGGAUACAGACGCUGUAGAAGCGGACUGGUUCGAACGAGCCCUUGACCGCAAUGGCUCUCGCGCCUUCUGCGCAUCCACGGCUGCAGCCCGCCUCGUGCACAAGAACGCAGCAUUUUGCUUGGGUCUCGGGCUUGCUAACAGUCACGGAGAGUGUCCAUCAAUGCCCCAAUCGCAGGACUUCGAAGUGACCUCUUCCCAGGAUGUGCUGCCCAGGGCGACGCGACCGACCCAAGCGCUGACGUGUGGAGCGACAGCGCUGCUGGCUGCGGCCGUCACGCGACGAGGGAGUCAACGAUCCGCACAACGCAGGUUCACACAUUGCCUUGCUGCAAUCCCCGACAGCGAGCUGCCGCCCUGUGCCUGCCGCAGCAAGCUCCACGGUGCGGAUGUCUACAUCAUCGGAACUGCACACAUUUCUGCCAAGAGCGCCGCCGAUGUGGAGGCACUGAUAUCUCGCUUGGAGCCGGACCGUGUGGUUGUGGAGCUGAGCCGUGAGCGUAUCAGCAGCUUGUACCCAGCUGGGGCCACGGCCACCGAGAGCGGAUCUCUUCAGAUCAACCUGGAGAACACGCCGCAGGGCUUCCCAGUGGUCGUGGGCCAUUCCGAGCCCUCCGAGUCCUCGGCAGAGGAGGGCCAGCUCAUCGUCCGUGGCCCUAGCGACAAGGUGGAUGUUGUGAACAUGCGUCGAGCGCUGUCGAGCUUCAGCGAGAGUGAGUGGCUCGAGAGAGCCUUCAAGAAACACCGCUACCGAAGCGAGAGCUUGCAGCUCUUGCCAGCAAUUGAGAUGUUGGCAUCACUGUCAACAAGCCUUUUCCCGCUGGCGCAGCGAGCUCUUUACAUGUCCGUCGGCACUGUGAAACACAGUGGUAGCGAGUUUGCGGCUGCUGCCCGCUGUGCACGAGACCUGCAGUGCCCCAUUAUCCUCGGCGAUGUGGAGAAUGAGGAUCUCUUUGACCCGGUGGGAGCUCUCGAGGUGACCCGUGGCCAACCGGUGUGGAUGCGACUGGCUGGGCCCUUCGUUCCUCCACCUGAGGGUGGCAUCAACUUGCCCAAGGCCCUGAAGCAUGUGUUCGCUGGAACCACGAAGAAGGGUGUUGGCACCCAGCUCCUGGCGGCAAACGUGGUUCUCACCGUGUAUGCGUUGGCGAAGGACGGCCUGAUCGACCCCUCUGCUUGGGCGACACCCCCAAAGCUGAUCUCAAGCUGGGAAGCAGUCGCUGCUCCCCUCCUGGCGAUGGGCAUGACCAACUCGCUGAUCGCCGCCAUCUUCAUGUUCUUGCUGACGGCCACACGUGACGAGCAGCUCUUCCGGGCAUUGGCAGAAGCAGCGAAGACCACGGUGAAGGAGAAAGGCGAUGGCAGAAUCGUCAUGGUCUGUGGCGUAGCUCAUGUGAAUGGAAUUGCUCGGCACGUUCACAGAGCUUCGACGACGACCUCGUGA